AUGGAUCAGAGAACCGAUAGCCAGGCGCGAGGCGCCUCCAAGGACCUGGAACGAGGACCGGAUGUGCUCCCGCGCCAUUCCAAUGUAUCGGCCGGCGAUGGAAUUGGAUCGGCCAUUUCUUCCUCAGACUCAUCGAUCAUGGGAGAGGAGCUGCCGCCGGAUUUAGGCGAAGAAUGGGGACCGCAACACCCUUGUUUCCCUCAUCUCAACCCUCACGUUCCUCUCGACUCGCCCGAGUAUCGAAACACCCGAAUUAUUCGCAUACGUCGAGACUGGUUGAUAGAAGGAGACCUGGCGCCGACGUUUUCCAACCUGUACCCCGAGAUCCUGGACCCGGCAGGCUUGUCGGAACAGGAGUUUCGAAGGGUCAUCGACAAACUCAAUGGCGAGCUCAUUCCCAUCUUUAGCCCGUAUAAUUGGAGAAAUGUGGUGGACGGCUUGCUGGGCCUUGUGACGGGCUGGUUGUGGGAUGAUCUGGGCUUCACCGGCGUCAAGGCUCGACUGAAGCGCCUAGAACGCUGGAUUGACCAGUGGAACACCGAGAUGGAGAAGACUGUUGGCAACGACGACAGCUCAAUGGCGCCGCGAAUCAUCUCCUUGAGGAAAACUGGUUACAUGACGCUGGACAUUCAAAUCCCUGAUCCAGAAAUCGCUCCAGCUCCUAGCACACCUGGGGGCUCGAGAUCCGAAGGCAUGCCAACGGAGCCGCCAGCUGUCGUGACGGCAUAA